AUGUCAAAAAAAUAUUCAAAAAAAGAAGAAAGAAAUAGACCUUACAAUUACCAAAUGAUCGAAGCACAGUUCCCGAGUAUGGGUAAAACACAGGUUCAAAAGACAUUAAAAUCAUUGCAUGAGCAAAAUAGGAUUGCAGGUAAAGAGUAUAAUAAAUCAGUUAUUUAUUGGAAAAUUCAAGACACAGGACCAAAACUAGAUGAGCAAGGAUAUGAAAUUCCUCAAGAGACAAUGGACGAUUUAAAUAGAAAGGUAGAUUCACUUACACGUCAAUUGGAGCAAGAAAAAGAUACAUUAAAGUCCCUUUUGUCAACAACAAAACAAUUAAACUCUCAAUUAUCCGAUCAACAAAUUCAAGAUGAAGUUCAACAGUUAGAAUCCGAAAAUUCUCAAUUAGAAAAGAAACUCAAAGAUUUCAAAUCAAAAACCUCUAUGAUGAGCGAUGCUGACAAACAACGUUUACAAGACACUGUUAGAAAAGCAAGAAACGAAUGGAUAAAAAGAAAGAGAAUUUUUAAAGAAUGUUUAGAUCAAAUUUUAGAAAGAUCCUCAAAAAAAAGAAAAGAUCUUCAAAAUGAAAUUGGUUGGGAAACUGAUGAGGAUUUAAAAAUUACAAUGAUAGAGGACCAUUCCAAACCACAACAACAACAACCAGUAUCAUAUAAAAAACAAAGAAUAUAA